AUGCAGGCAACCUCGAAACCUGAGUUGGCAUCUAGAUCUAAGAGAACACGGGGAAGGAGAUCCCGAGGACCCUGCCUGAGCUGGGCUGUGAUGCGCUGUGAUGUGAUAUAUGAUGAGCUUUUCGCCUUUGGUGGGUUAUCGGUUGCUGACGGUAUGAUGAGAUUCCCUCCUAAUGGCUCGACUCGUGGCGCUCACACCGCCGACUUGUUAAUGCUCCGGACAAUGAGACAGUCUGAGAUGAACCUGGGCCGGGCUGUGAGGGGAUCAGCGAGGAAGGUCUUUGCCGCUGGGAAACGGCGAUCCACUGGUUCUAGUGCCCUUCUUCCCACCAGAAACCAACGUGGCUGGCAGAGACAAGACUCCAUCCACCCAUCCCAGCCUCCUUUGACAGUAUCAUGA